AUGGCGCCUCCAGGUUUCAACCACUUAUCCCGUGCAAAGAGUACAGAUUUAACCUGGGUAGCCACUGCAGCCAUCUUCUCGCUGGCUUCGAUUGCGAUAACCCUCGAAGCUCCUGCUUGGGCUGCAAAUAGGCUAGUAAACGAAAGGGCGAUCUCAGCCACAAAAAGUCACCCUAUCUUUAUUGAAGACUUGACAUUCGUCUCGUUUUUCCUAUUCCUACAGGGCAAAGAGGCCUCAGCUGUUUUCCUCCCGGUCAAGAGGCAAUGCAUCCUCCUCAUCUUCUUCAUCCUCAUCAAAACUCGUAAAAAUCGAACAAAUGGGUCGAAGCGCAGUGCUGGAAAAGGGAACUGCACGAAUCGUACGGGGAGUCACAGAACAAGCACAGCAACUGAGGGUUUGAGCUUUGGUCCUCGAGGGCAUCUUCCUCGUCUUUCCAGUCAUCCCAAUUGUGAUCCUCGACCUCUUCCUCGGAGUCGGAUGAGUGUGAGAACACAACGUUUCCAAGUUGUGCCAUAUCCGAUAUCUCGUUGUUGUGCCAUAUCCGAUAUCUCGUUGACAUCUACCUUCGAUAUCCAGUGGCAACAGCCAGAGGAGUAG